AUUAGUUAGGAUAAAAACGUUUCAAAGUUUCUUGUAUAUGCUGUUGCUGACUCAAAGAUAAAUAGACCAGACUUCAAACGUAUACUUAAGUAUAUUAAUCAGUUUAUUAAUAGCAUUUUGGCGGUCUAAGUUAAAAUCUUUUAAAAUGGGUCUCUCGGUCUAGGUGCAAGAGAGCAGGGACUUACCGCAGUUACCGCGCGUGUGACCCAACUUAUAACAUUUGCGUGCCAAAUUAACAUGCUUGCGUAGGUAUGUAGGUAUAUGUACUACACUCGUUUUUAAACGUACGGAAGAACAGCGGAACUAGGAACUUGGCAUAAUAUUUGUUCAAACACAACUUGCAUUUACUAUUUCACGCGACGCAACGACGCCGUCGCUUCAAUGAAUGUGAUGUCCGCCAUCUUGGAUUGAAUGAUAAUUUGCGCGGGAACCUGUGAUUAAGAAAAAAGUCGCUCACUAAUACGCCGUUUAUCUAAUUAUGUUUCGCGAGGUAAUGUGUAGAAUCUUUAUUUGUUAAAUGAAAGUGUUGGUGUUAAUGAAAAGUUUGAUUAUUAUGUUGCUGGCGAAGAUUGCAAAUUCAAUUUAAGUGGUUUAGGUGGAAAUUAGGAAUAAAGUUGAAAUGUUUUACCUACUUACUUAUAACAAAAAAAAAUAUUUAAAAAGUAAGUACUUACCUCUUCUUCUUCAGACUGCUUGUGUCACGAACUGCAGGGUAUAAGAUUCCUUUAUGUUCCACGAUUCUGAGUAAGAUUAUUUCCAUUGACAUUUUAAACUAAGAUUCUUGAUGUACUUACCUUGGUGGUUUUUGGUACCUCUUCAAUUUAACAUAAAAAAGUUAAUGUAAUGUCGCUUUAAGAAAGAUUUUUCUCAGCUAGCUUAAUGUAAUAAGUAGGUAUACUUUCUGGUAGGUACUUACUUUAAUUAAUUAAAUGAUGUAGGUACCUAGGUAUACUUAUUUAUAGAUAUGUAGAAUACAAUCUUUUUCCGGAUUAGUGCACGUUAGUUGUAGAAAGGGGUGGCUGUGACACCUAGGUAUAGCGUGGCGACACUAGUGACUGAUAUCGAUAUUUCUUUUAUUGAUAACUUUCAGUCACAAAUACCGAAAAAAUGUGACAAGUAGAAAGCGGUGUAGCGGAAAACUCAAAAGUGCGUGGGUGGAUUACAUGCAAUGUAUAAUAAGUAACAUGAUAUUUAUAUCAGUGCGAAUUGUCUUUCAUUCAUCAUCAUCUUCAUGGUUCAUUACAGUCCUCUCUCGCUUGCCUUGCUAAUCCAGCCUCUACAUGCUAAAUAUACCUACCUACUUAACUUUUUCUCUAAAAUUCACUGUCGAGGCCUCCGGGAUGAUUGCAUUGUGAAUGACAUUCAAACAUAAAAUCACCAAAAGUAUGAACUAAUCAACUAGAUACAACUCAUACAACCAAAGACAAAGAACUCACAAUGUUAAUCGGCGGUUAAAUACAUAGGUACUUAUACACGUUUAUUCAUAUCAAUGGUUACGUAUCGUUACGGCCUUUAGCAAAGAAAAUGUGUCUAUUAAUAUUCUACUCAAACUUUGUAUACUUCAUCAGUUACCUAUUCAGUUUUUAUAUAAAAAAGAUACGUUAGAUACGUAAUUACUGAAAAACAAUCAAUUUAACUUUUUCUAUAUUAGAAUGUUAAUCAGGUGGUGGUUAAACCUCAUGUAAGUAUAGGAGCAUUAAGGACCUAUACCUAGCUUGUGCUUUUUAACCUUUUGUUGCAAGUGCCAUAGUGAUGAACUUGUACCUUUCUGUGUCUAUUGUCCUUCAAAUCCGUCCGGCUCAGAUGGUAACAGGCGUAGGUGUUGUAGUGUAGUGUAUUUGAUACUUAUCCCAUUGUAUAGGUAAUAGGCAGUGAACUUAGCACUCUAAUCUACUUCAGAAGAAAAUGCUGUAUUUAACUAAUUAGGUACAAGAACACUAUAAGGAAAGAUUAUAAAGAGGCAGUUCGGCAGAUGACAUAGCUGUUGAUUAUUACUAUUUCAUAUUUAAAAAAAACCUCUAUAAGGAUGCAUCAAGCCGUAAUAAAUUUAUCUGACGGUCAUGUUGGUGACUGAUGUUGAUGAGAUGGCAGAACAGAGAAUGGGUACUCUUCAAAGUAGUUAACUACUUAUGUACCCAUAGCCAGAUAUAGGUCAGUGCCGCUCAAGGCAGGAAGCAAGCUUUCAGUAAGUGUUCACGCUUUUUUUUUACUUAUCUCUAAAACAGUUGUAUCGAUACUUCUAAUAACCCCAUGGGGGUCAUCCUCAUAUUGACCAUUGAUAUUGGCAUUGGCAGAGAAAGUUCGAGUCCAGGGGCUCAGCCAGGCAUUACACGAACGCUAUAUAAGAGUGUGGCGCUUCCGUCGAGCCAUCAUUGCGUGCAUGACCACCAGCGGCCGUCGGUACCGCACUAUGCUACACUCGUCGACGACAUUGCUGAUCGUCGCCCUAGUGAUCGCCAUCAAUGUCCGAGAUGGCGCUACGGCAACCGAAGCCGACAGUGGCACGGACCAGGUGGCCGAGGAGAGCCGACCCGCGCUCGCCCCCACGUAUGUAAACCACACCACCCCACCCCCCACCGCCGCCCCCAAACAACCCCUCAAGGACAAACCGAAGCUCAAAUACGUGGAGAUGCCACGACAGUUCUACGGUCACGUCAUGCAGGCCCGGCCCUACUCGAAGCCCGGCCUCUACCCGUCCAAACCCCUCUACAAGUAUCCCCAAGUCAUACCGCUGAACAACCGCGGGCCGUACUACGCGGCGCCGUCCCGCCAGCAGCUCGUGUUCGCCGCGUCCACCGGCAAGCCCUACCUCGUCACCAAGAGCCCCAAGUUCAGCAUCCCCGUGCAGACCGUCAACGGCAUCCGCGCCGACACCGUGCGGCCCCCUAACCCCAAACCCACCAAGCCGAGCAAGCCAACCAAAAACAAACCGCCACCACCCACCACCACGUCAACCAGCACCACCACUACACAGAAACCCUUGAGGAACAAGAGGAUCUGGCCGAAACACAUCCGCGACAAAAUGAACACCACCUCCGCCGACAACGCGACCGAAACCGUGACUAACGCGACGACCGUCGCGAGCAACGACCUGGACGGGGCAGGCAGCGUGCUGCGCAUCCGGCUGAGCAACCGCACGGCCCCCGCGACCCCCGCCCCGGCCCCCGCGACCCCCCGCAGCUACCGGCGCGUCACGCGGCUGCCCAAGCACACCACGCCCGCGCCGCGCCUCAACCUCACCAUCACGCCCAACGACUGGAUCCCCAUCGUGCCCUCGCACUACCCGGCGCGCCGCCCGGCCCCCGCGGCCCAGCACAACAGAGUAAGACGAUCCGAUAUUUUUUCCCGCCGUUCCGAUUUGACCCCCGACGACGGCGAGAGCCGCCGCGUCGUCUACCUGCACUCGUUCGGCCUCGUGCCUCUGCGCAGGUCGCCCUCUGUUAGUGUGAAGAAGCCGUAUUUUUACCGCAAGCGGCGCCCACUGACCCCGCGUCCUCGCUUUGGUUCCAGACCGAAGGGUGCCGCGGCGCAGCGUGCGGAGGAGUCCCGCCACAAGGUGGUCAAGAUUAAGCACCACCACCACCACCAUCACCACAGAUACAUUAAGACCGUCGAGAAGAAGGUGCCCGUCAAGGUGGAGGUGCCCAAGCCGUACCCGGUGCCCGUCGAGAAGAAAAUCCCCGUCCCGUACCCGGUAGAGAAGAAGGUGCCCUACCCCGUGCAGGUGCCCGUGAAGGUGGUGGAGAAGGAGUACGUGCCGAAGCCGUACCCGAUCAUCCACCACGUGCCGGUGUACCGCGAGGUGCGCGUGCCGCAGCCCGUGCGCGUGGAGGUGGAGAAGAAGGUGCCCUACCCCGUGGAGGUGCCCGUGGACCGGCCCGUGCCUGUGCACGUGGAGAAGCGGGUCCCGUACGCGGUGCCGGUGAAGGUGUACGUGCCGCAGCCGUACCCGGUCGAGAAGCGGGUGCCGUACCCGGUGGAGGUUAAGGUCAAGGAGCCCUACGAGGUGAUCCGGCACGUGGCGGUGGAGGUGCCCGUGCCGCAGCCCUUCCCCGUCAAGGUGCCGCACCCGGUCCGGGUGGAGGUAGAGAAACGUGUCCCGUACCCGGUCGAAGUGGAGAAGCGGGUGCCGGUCCCCUUCAAAGUGUACGUGCCGCAACGCGUCGAAGUCGAGAAGAGGGUGCCGGUGUACGUCCCCAAGCCGUACCCGGUAGAGAAAAAGGUGCCGGUGCCGGUUAAAGUCCCGUACCCGGUGAAAGUGCCGGUGCCCACGCCCGUACAGGUGCCGGUCGGGGUGCCCGUGUACCUGCACCCGUCCACCGGCUUCGACAACGACCACUACGUCUACUCCGGAUUCACGGUCUCAGACGAGAGUGUGACCACUGAAGCCCCCACACACACCGUCACGGUGCACGGGAACACCGGCUUCAAGGGAUUCUCCUCGCGGUCCGACAACGAAAGCUCAGAGGGCAACUCAGAUAGUAGACCAAAUGACAGUAAUAAUGACAAUGACACAGAUACCAGCACUCCCAAUCCCAACAGCAGCUAACACAAGCAUCAGCCAUUUGACGGUACUUAGUUCGAGACGUCUUUAUUGUAUAAAUAAUCUUAAUGUAUGUACCUUAGUAGGAUAAUUAAGUUAUUUGUUGCGUGCAUGAGUGUGUGUUGUGUUAUAAGUCGAAGGAGUAAAUGAAUCCUGUGAUAUUUUUUGAGUAUUUAUUUUAAACGCCUUUUUGUUAAUUCUGUGAAGAUGACUACAUAAGUAUUAGUUGUUUAGUAGGAUAUUAAAUAUUAAUUUAUAGAAUAUGACACAAAAUAUCUUAGAAGACUUCUACUUAGAAUCUUCAUAUAAUCAAUAACCUAUAGGUGCUUGACCUACUAUUACCUUAGCACAUUACCUACAAUUAAUAGGAGAAAACGAAAACAGAGCUUCCCCGAGUGUAGUGUCAACAGUAAAUGACGGCGCAGCCUGGGCAGAGUGGGCAGUCAGCGACUGACGAACGCGAACUAAUCUGACUGAGCUUUAUGUAUGGGUACCUAAGCUUUAUGUAUAAGUUGACAAUAAAAUAAUUGAGACAUUCUAAGAAGAAUCUAGAAAUCAUGUGAAAGGGUGGAACAUUAUAAGUGGACGUCUCGUCAGCUUUUAAAUAUAUAUGCUAGGUACCUGCUUGUUAGAGCGCAGAGUUGGUCUAAAACAAAAUCACCUAGGUAGGU